AUGGCUUCUUCACGCGUCUUUAUCAAGAAUCUCCCUCCGACUCUGUCCGAGGAUGACUUCAAGAAACAUUUCAGCGUCACAUCCGCCAUCACCGAUGCGAAGUUGAUCCCCCAUCGGAGGAUUGGCUACAUCGGAUACAAGACUCCAGAUGAUGCUGCCAAGGCAGUAAAAUACUUCAAUCGCUCAUUCAUACGCAUGUCGAAGAUUGCGGUAGAGAUUGCUCGACCGAUUUCGGAUUCGAAUCUGCCGUUGUCGAGAAAGGCCCAACGCGAACAGGAGAGGGAAAAUGCCCAAGCUAAUCGGCGGGAGCAAGUGGCUGCUUCCAAGAGGGAGGAGAUCAAUGCUGCAACCAAGAGGAAGCGAAGCGAUGUCGAUGAGGCAGACCCUAAGUUGAAGGAGUUCCUUGAGGUCAUGCAGCCGGCGUCCAAAAUAAAGAAAUUUGUGGCGGAUGAGGCUGAUGACGGCCUCGAGCAACCGCCCACGAAGAUCCAGGCGGUCGAACUCCCUGAAGCCGAAAGCGACGAUGAUUAUGAAUCGGUGCCUAAGAAAACUCGGAAACCCAGCCCCCCAAGAACCAGUGCUCCAGCCGCAUCGCUUCCUGUCGACGUCGCAUCGGACAUCAGUGCGCGUCCGGCGCCAGCCCUGCAAGAGCCUGCCAUCGACACCCUAGUCCAGAUGGUGGAACCCACGCUAGGCACGCAGACGACAGCAAUUGCUACAGACGACGAUUGGCUCCGUAGCCGAACAAACAGGCUCUUGGAUUUGGUGGAUCCAGACGACGUCGUUGCAAAAACUACAGACAAUGUGGAUAUUGUUGCCGCCCCUCCUGUGGUUGAACCACUUGCAGACGAGGCUGCUCUCACAAAUGAUACACCUGCCCAGGAUGAUGCCAUGUUUGAGGGAGAGGAGAUAGAAAAGGUGGACCCGGUUGUUGCAGAAAUCUCAAAGCACGGGCGUCUCUUUGCCAGGAAUCUAUCAUAUUCCGCUACCGAAGAAGACCUCCGAACUCAUUUCCAACCGUAUGGGUCACUAGAAGAGGUCCAUCUUGCGGUUGAUGCUUCCGGUACAAGCAAAGGCUUUGCUUUAGUCCAAUACAGCGAUCCAGCCGCUGCCGCUGAGGCCUUCCACAACCUUGAUGGUGAGCCGUUCCAAGGUAGAUUGCUGCACAUCUUGCCUGCUGCACCGAAACGAGAGAAUAAAUUGGAUGAAUUUGCCAUUGCGAAAUUGCCACUCAAGAAACAGAAGCAGAUCAAGAAGAAGGCGGAAGCCUCUUCGACUACAUUCAAUUGGAACUCCUUGUAUAUGAAUCAAGAUGCUGUGAAUUCCGCGAUUGCUGAUCGUCUUGGGGUCUCAAAGUCUGAGUUGCUGGAUCCCACAUCUGCAGACGCUGGAGUCAAACAGGCUAUCGCAGAAACGUCCGUUAUCCAAGAGACAAAGGCAUAUUUCAAAAACAACGGAGUGGACCUCGAUGCCUUCAAAAGGCGAGAGCGGGGCGACACCUGCAUUCUCGUUAAGAAUUUCCCGUAUGGAAUGAAAUUCGAGGAGGUUCGGAAUAUGUUCGAAGAGUUUGGACAGGUCCUGCGAGUAUUGAUGCCACCGACUGGUACGAUCGCUGUUGUCGAGUUCGCGCAACCAACCCAUGCGCGAGCGGCAUUUGCCAGACUAGCGUACCGUCGUAUAAAGGACUCCGUCUUGUUUCUAGAGAAGGCGCCCAAGGAUCUAUUUACGACUGAAAGCGGCACCACUGCCGUUGUUGCGUCAUCAGACCACAUGGGGGUGGAGCAAAAACUAUCCGCGUCCGACCUUCUAGAGCGGGAAAGGGCUGAGGAUACGGUUGAUACUAGCACGUUAUUCGUGCGGAAUCUCAACUUUAGCACCACUAGUGCCCGAUUGACGGAGGUUUUCAAGCCUCUUGACGGGUUCAUGUCUGCUCGCGUCAACACCAAGACGGAUGUGAAGAGGCCAGGCCAGGUCCUUAGUAUGGGCUUCGGCUUCCUGGAGUUCAAAACAAAGAGUCAAGCCCAGGCUGCACUCAAGGCCAUGGAUGGCUACAACCUUGACGAUCACAAGCUCUCGAUCAAGGCAUCGCACAAAGGGGCCGAUGCGGCUGAGGAUCGGAGAAAGGACGACAAAGCCAAAAAAUUGGCCGGCAAGCGCACAAAGAUCAUCAUCAAGAACUUGCCCUUUGAAGCUUCUAAAAAGGACAUUCGGACACUUUUUGGAACUUAUGGCCAGCUUCGCUCCGUGCGGGUGCCAAAGAAAUUCGAUCAUUCCACACGCGGCUUCGCCUUUGCCGACUUUAUCACGGCCCGCGAGGCCGAGAAUGCACUAGAGGCACUGAAAGACACCCAUCUUCUUGGCCGCCGCCUUGUUCUAGAAUUCGCGGCGGCGGAUUCCGUUGACGCCGAAGAGGAGAUCGAGAAAAUGCAGAAGAAGGUGGGCAGUCAAGUGAGCAAGGUUACUCUGCAACAGCUCACGGGCGCCGGCCGCAAGAAAUUUAAUAUCGAAGGGCAUGACGGGCAGGGCGAUUGA